AUGUCCAAUUUGACGCUCUACACGACGCGCGCACUCAUUAUUCUCGACAGCGAGGGCAACCGGCUGAUAGCCAAGUACUACACGCGCGGGUCGACGCAGCAAAGCUACAAGACGCCCAAGGAGCAGGCAACGUUUGAGAAGGACCUGUUUGCAAAGACGCGCAAGUCAAACAGCGAGGUGAUCCUGUACGACGGCCAGACGGUGCUGUUCAAGUACGUGUCGGACGUGUACUUUUACCUGGUGGGCGAUCCGGAGGAGAACGAGCUUUUGCUGGGCUCGGUGCUGAACGGGUUUGUCGAGGCGGUUUCGAUUCUGCUGAAGCACAAUGUCGACAAGCGCAGCGUGCUUGAUAACCUGGACAUGAUCGUGCUGGCGCUCGACGAGACGAUUGAUGAUGGCAUCGCGCUGGAGUCGGACCCGAAUGUCAUUGCGUCGCAUGUGUCGAAGCGCGGCACGGACACAAUUGACGUGUCGCUGUCAAACAUCAACGAGCAGACGCUUAUGGACGCAUACAAGCAGGCCAAGGAGCGCUUCAACCUGGCGCUGCUCCGAUAA